CAAGUUUUAUCUCAGAAGAAAGUAAUCAAAAUAAGGAAACGGCCAUGGAGACACUCCACCGAUACUCACUCCGUCUCCGCCCGAUAUUCCUCGCAGAUAAAUGCCUUAAACCCGCCACGACCACCCCGAUAUUUCGGAAAACCAGAAUGCACAUUUCGGUACCCGGAUCUCCCAACCCUAAACGGCCCUUUAAUCCCACUUUCACCGCCUGGAAACCGUACAGUUCGGAAUCGACUUCCGUUGCCAGAGCAGGGUGGCUUCUGGGUCUAGGAGAAAAGAAGAAGGUGAGCUUGCCCGAUAUCGUGAAGGCGGGUGACCCGGUUCUUCAUGAACCGGCCCGCGAAGUUGAAGUUGGAGAAAUUGGGUCGGACCGCAUCCAGAACAUAAUUGAUGACAUGGUUAAGGUUAUGAGGAAGGCUCCUGGGGUUGGCCUCGCUGCUCCUCAGAUUGGAAUCCCCUUAAGGAUAAUAGUUUUAGAAGAUACAAAAGAAUAUAUUAGUUAUGCACCCAAGGAAGUGACUAAAGCACAAGAUAGACGACCUUUUGAUCUUCUGGUCAUUUUAAACCCAAAGCUUAAGAAGAAGAGCAACCGGACUGCUGUAUUUUUCGAAGGGUGCCUGAGUGUUGAUGGAUUCAGGGCAGUGGUAGAGCGGUAUCUCGAUGUUGAGGUUGCAGGUUUGGAUCGUUAUGGCCAACCCAUUAAGAUAGAUGCAUCAGGCUGGCAGGCCCGAAUUUUACAGCAUGAGUGUGAUCAUUUGGAUGGAACCAUUUAUGUUGAUAAGAUGCUUCCCAAAACAUUCCGAACCGUAGAAAACUUGGACUUACCUCUUGCUGAGGGAUGCCCCAAGCUUGGUGUUUGCUAGUUUUGGAGCUGGACACUCUAGUGAUGUUGAUAUGCAGGUUUUCAGACUUGACAGAAUGAGUUCCACUACUGCAAUUGACUGUUGGAAAUGAAGGUUCUUUGCUUAAGAUUGGAAAAGGAUGUUCGGUUUAAUUUGGGGUAUCAUCUUCUAGGCGAAUAGCUAAUAUUUCAAGAAUGGUUCGGCUCCUCCCAUGCAAUUGCUUUUGAAUCUUAUAUGAACGAGAUAUAUGAAUUAUUUUCUAUGAAGCUCUUGGUUUUAUUUC